CCAGUGCCCCACCCCAUGCCCAAGACCGAAGCAUUAUUCUUCGUGACAGUAUCGUCGCAUCCCAGUCCAAACGACGCCGUAAGUCUCCUUCCUUAGCUCUUUCUUUGCCGUGCAAUUGUUGAUUUUUGUUAGCCGUUAGCUGUUGCAGCGGCAGCAAAGGGCAAACUACCACAGCAAAUAGCAAUGGGAAUCAUAAAAGACGGUACAAUCUCAGGCAAUUUACCCGCCAACACGGCGGCCUUCGCUGUAAACUACCCGGCUUACCCUUCUUCCAUCGCCCGCGCUGUCGAGACUCUCGGCGGCACUGAAGCCAUUGCCAAGGCUCGUAGUUCAGAGUCAAAUAAGUUGGAACUCCACUUCCGCCCAGAAGAUCCGUAUUCACACCCUGCCUUUGGAGAACUUCAUACUUGCAACAAUUUUUUAUUGAGAAUAUCAAAGGACAGAGUAAGCAAUGCCCAAGAUCCUGAGCUUAGAAAGAGGGUAUCAAGCAGUUCUUCUGCUGAUCCUGUUAGUCUUGAACAACAUGAGUCCUGUUCUGGAUCGAUAGAAACUACAGCAGAAGCUGAGUCCCAGGUUGUUGAGGAACGGCAAGAACAUCUUUCUGCUGAUAUUGUUGCUUGCAUAGGAGAAGCUUAUCAUUUUAAUGGAAUGGUGGAUUACCAGCAUGUUAUUGCUGUCCAUGCUGACAUUGCCAAACGAAAGAAGAGAAAUUGGGCUGAAUUUGUAGAGAAGGGUGGCCUUAUGGAUGUUGAUCAGGAUGAUUUGAUGAUCCUAGUACCACCGUUGUUCUCGCUGAAGGAUAGACCAGAAAAAAUAGUGUUAAAACCAUGUAUACAUAGCAGCUCGAAAACGAAACAAGAGGAUAUGAACCAGCAUCAUCAGGAGAGGAAUAUGGAGCCAAGUCUAGCACUUGAUAUUGAUAUUGAAGAGAUCCCAAAAAAGGUAAACUGGGAGAAAUUCAUACCUGAAGGUUCAGAACAAUGGGUUUUGCAGAACACAGUGGCUGAGCUGUUCAAUGAACGACCAAUAUGGGUAAAAGAUUCAUUGUCUGAGCACUUGCUUGACAAAGGUCUGGAAUUUGGAGAAAACAUGCUCAAAAGGCUUCUGUUCAGAGCGGCUUAUUACUUUUCAACUGGGCCAUUUCGCAGAUUCUGGAUCAGAAAAGGAUACGAUCCUCGCAAAGAUCCGGAGUCUCGCAUAUAUCAAACAAUGGACUUCCGUGUGCCAGUACCAUUAAGAAGCUACUGUGAGGCUAAUUCAGCAUCAAGUUUGCAAGAAAAAAGACGUCAUGAAAGGGUGGCGCUCCCAUUUACAAUCAUGAGAAGAUCCUAUCAACUGAAGCAUCGCUGGGAGGAUAUAUGUGCCUUUCGAGCUUUCCCAUAUAAAUGCCAAACUUCACUGCAGCUCUUUGAACUUGCUGAUGACUACAUUCAAGAAGAAAUAAGAAAACCGUCAAAUGUAGAAGCAUUCAGUAAGGCAACAGGAUGGUUCUCAGCCAAUGUGCUUGAAACCUUGAGACACCGGGUUGCUGUCAGGUUUCUGUCAGUGUAUCCCAAUGCUGGUGCAGAGGCAAUCCUGAAAUCUGAAUGUGACCUCUUUGAAAAGUCGAAAAAGAUGCGUCUGUAUCCAAAGAACUUGAAAGCAAAUGAGGAAAGGCAGCAAGACAAUAGAGGUCAUAUUAACUUCUACAUCUAUGCCACUUUCAGUAGGAGGGAGAGCUCACAAGGAUUUGGAGUUAAGAGGUCAGGAAGGGUAAAGAGAAUUUAA